UUUUUUUUUAACAAAGAAAUGGAAAGAAGUCUAUGGAGUCAUUUACCUCUACUAGUUCGAUCGAACUCCAAGGACUCAGUGGAGUACAUUCUUCAAGCUCUGUGGAGAACUCGGAAGACCGGUCUCGACGCCGCCGACCGCCAUAUCAUUCUCGAAAUGCUUCAGCUACAGAACGACUCCGAUCUCGACCCGCUUUUGGUUUGCCUUCGGAUGUUGAUUCGGAGAUGCGUUUACGAGAACGUAAACAAAGAUGAAAUCCAGAAGCUCUUCCCAGGCGAAGUCUUGCCUGAAUUGCAGCGAUUGUUGACGCUCUUGCUGCAGAAGUUCCAGAGAGAGUGGCGGGAAGAUGCCCUCAAAGACCAGGCUGUUUUGCCUCGUCUGAAGGCGAUGACUUGGGAGAUGGCGAAUCAAGAAGAAGAAUUGACUGACCCUGUUGCUGUUAUCAACUUAAAGCUUCAAAGUGAUACACAAUCUCAAUCGAAAGAGAUGGAAGUGAAGUUCCAAUUGGCCAAAGACACUCUAGGGACAAUGCUCAAGUCCAUGUACACUGUAAGAGACCAAUUGUGUAAUGUGGGGGAAACUGAAACAUCAAAUGGGCAUUUUUCUCGGGAUGCCAAUAUGGUCUAGUUUGCUUUGGAGAGAAGGUUAUUAAGACUUGUGCGCAAUCUUAUGCAAAGAGAAAAUUGCUUUGGAGUACGUCGCGUUAUUCCUGUUGUCGUUUUAUCUCAUUGUCGUAGCUGGCAUAUUAGUUUCAUUUAUUCGAUUGAUCCAUUGACAGAGCUUAACAUAUAAUCAACUUCAACAUACCUCUUCCCUCUA